AUGAUCGUGAGGGGAUUGCCGAGAGUUGGGGGAGUUUGGAGAAGAGGAUUUAGUAGCUCAGCAACGAGGAGGGAAAUCAUAGAUAUAGAGAGUCUGCCGGAUAGAAUUGUUCCUAGGUAUCCAGAAAGUCAGACGAGCGACCUCCUAUCAUUACAAUGGCCCUCUCCUCCUCGAAACAUCCUCAUAAUCAAAAAGGAUAGAGCUCCACAUGUUACCGAGUCCUUGAUUGAAUAUGCUAAGCAUAUUCAUUCCAAUUACGACAAUGUCUCCCUCAUCUUCGAACCGAAAGUCGCGGCGCAAAUGCACAAGCAGUUCUCCUUUCCUGUCUAUACAACCAGCUCAGCCGGUGCCCUUCCUAGAAAAGUUGACAUGACUACAACCCUCGGCGGUGAUGGCACAAUUCUGCGAGCAGCAUCCCUCUUCAGCACCACUCUUCACGUCCCUCCAGUCUUGUCAUUUAGCAUGGGAACAUUGGGUUUCUUGGGAGAAUGGAAGUUUGCAGAAUACAAGAGAGCAUUUCGAGAGGUCUACAUGUCGGGAGCGGGGGCUGGGUCACCGUUAUUUCAAGACCAGAAACAUCCACAUGUCAAGACAAUGGUUGAUGAGACCGGGGAUAUUGUGACUGGUUGGUCAAGUAUCCGAGGAAAGUCGAUGGGACCUACGAGGAGCUCAAAAGUUCUGCUGCGGAAUCGAUUAAAGGUUGGAGUUUUCGAUGCAGAAGGGCAUCGGGUUAUUGGUGAUAAUACUGCGGAGAGCGCUGCUGGGGAUGUGCAUGCUAUGAACGAGGUUGUGAUUCAUCGAGGAAAGGAGGCACAUCUUGCGAUCAUUGAAGUGUUUGUUGGAGGACGGUUUUUGACGGAAGCUGUGGCGGAUGGGAUGAUCAUUGCUACGCCUACUGGAAGUACGGCUUACAGUCUGAGUGCGGGGGGGAACAUUGUUCAUCCGCUUGUCAGCAGCCUACUGGUGACUCCUAUUUGCCCAAGGAGCUUGUCGUUUAGGACGCUGGUUUUACCAGCUAAUACGCCGAUCACGCUGAGACUUAGCGAGAAGAACAGAGGCCGAGAGUUGGAAGUCAGCAUUGAUGGGAGACGAAGAAGCCAUGGGAUUAGUGUGGGGAUGGAAAUUAGGGUUAACGGAGAAGAUAUUGUGAAGGGUAGCGAAUGGAUUGGUGGAGUUCCUUGUGUGAUGAGAGGUACCAUCUCUGGGAGGGAGGAUGAUGACGGCUGGGUUGGAGGGCUGAAUGGGUUGUUGAAAUUCAACUACCCGUUCGGUGGCGAUGAAUGA